AAAUGGAAUUAUUCUUCUAGAAGCGCUACGGACGGAAAGAACACGUGAUCCCUUCACCACGCAUUGGACUUCGACGUUGGGCCAAUUGGGUGGUUCUUACAGCUUGGUGAUCCCGACGUGAUACGUCAUACGCUGAAACUAGUGACGUGUACACCAGAAAGAGUGACGCGAGUCUCCAGCGCGAGAGAGUACGUCACACCAGCGCGACAUUCCAUCCAAAGCGAAGUAUUCCAUUCAUUCAUUCAUCACGGAGUAUGAGGUUUGAUCUUCCACUUCUUUGUCUUCAGCUGUGUUGGGUGGUCACAGCGAUCCCAUGGCGACCGGACACAAGGAAGGUGUCAGGCCCCACCUGCAUCAACUUGGGCCAAAGGGUAUUACUUGCACACACCCUGAAAUGUGGGAGAUGGGUCUGGAGGUAUAGCAAGGGGCCAUCCACAUCUUAUAUCACAAUUCCGCCUAGAGAAGUAGUUACAUGGCCUCCCGGUUUAACAUCGGAACCAAAUUGCGCAACAAAAAUCUGCUGUAAAAUAGGUUCCAACCAUCCUCCCAUAUUGAACAUUUCAGGAGACACCCCGGCACGCAUAUAUUCACACAAUAUAACAGCCUGGUAUCAACUUAAACUUGAACCAGGAGCAAAAGUCGGGGGUUUGCGCACCCUAUAUGAGAAAAUUAACAAUGGUCUAGAUCCUAAAAUUUGUUAUUUUGUGAAAGAUCUAGAGCCUGCCGUAUACAGGUGCACACAUACUGAAACAAUCAACAGCACACAUAUGAGUUUUGUAGAUUACAAGUUCAACAUCACUUCAUAUGUACCAGAUGAUAAUGAUCCAAAAACUUUUAUUUGGACUAGCCGAAAAGAAGGAACAUAUUGUGUGGGCAAAUGUGAACCUGAUGUAAAUAGUUAUACUAGCCCACAAAAUUGUACGUGGACUUUAAAGCAUUGUUUUAAUUUAACCACUUGUGGGUAUAGUAAACCCAAGCAAUGUCCAAAAUUAUAUCCAAUCCCUCCUGGUGGUUUUAUUAAGGGAAAUAUUAACAAGACUUUGCUACAUGAUGUUAAUUUGGUAAUGACUCACGUAACAUAUAAUAUUUCUAAUAUUUUAUCUGCUUAUGUGAAACAUUGUAGUGCUGAUGAUAAAACAUACGCAUGGCUACAGUCACGAAUCGAUGAUUUAAUCUCUGAUUACAAAAGUAGACUUGCAGUCCAGAUUCCAACUGUACGUUCUAAACGAGAUCUGCUUGGAAAUGUAGCAGGUCUUUUUGGCUCAGCUAAUUCACUUGCCAACACGUAUAAAAUAACUGGACAAUCACAAUUUUCAGCAUGGUUGGCGAACCAGGUGGCCACUGGUUUUCAGCAUCUCACCAAUAGUAAUGAGAAAAUUAUUAAAGCUGUUAGAUCUGAAGCGCAGGCGCUUCUAUUGACCAGCAAUUCAUUGUUCAAUCAGACCCGUACCAUCGAACGUGACUUAGCUUGCAGAUCAUAUGCACAAGAUUUAUUUACUAUAGCUAGACAAGAAAUUUUAGACUUACGUCUUCUCAAAACACCUAGACAUGCUCUAAAGGAUUUAAUAGAAAUUUUGGAUUUACAUAGGUGGGUUACAUCUGAAAAGAUGAAAGAUAUUAAGUAUUCAGAAUUAUUAUCAACAUUAAUGUUAUAUACUGGAAAUGAAUGUACUGGUUGCAUUGGAUUCUUUGCCAAUUUUCCUUUGAUACACCCAGAACAAGUGUUUUUUAAUUCCACUACUAUACGCUCUAUAGGUACAGUAGUGAAGAAUCAGAUUGUUAAAUGGGACCAUCUUACAGGAUAUAUGACUUUAAAGGGAAAUAGGACCUUAUUUACUACUCGCACCUGUUGUCAUGAAACUGCAAGUUAUGUGAUUUGUACAUGCAAUACUUUACAACCAUUUUCUCCUAAUGAUACUAAGCUCAUCAGUGUUCAGUCAUUACAUGGGCAUGCUGAUGCAAUACAGGUGUCACACACACAGUGGUGUGUGGUCAGUGAGAUGAAUUCCUUCACCUAUGGAGGUCUGACCUGUCCUGCAAACCAUAGCUUUUGUCUUGAGGUAACAGAGGAUUUUACAAUGGGUCAGAUAAAUAUCUUGGGAAGGAUUCCACUAGACAUCGAUGUCUCUCCCUGGUGGGAGGACACAUUCUACGAACACAGCACACAGUCAUUGACUGACACCAUGAAUUUGGUGCAACAGAUGAUUCAACAGACUGAGUAUCAUCUCAACCAGGCUCAGGUAGAAACAAACCUGGCCAAAGGAACAGCGAAAAUUUUGUCAAGUUCAUCUAUUCGGUCUGCACAGUAUGUAUACACUUGGUGGGACUGGAUGUUUCGUGGGUGUGUGAUUGGCAGUGGACUUGUGUUUAUGUUCUCUUUGCUUCAAUGCUGGUAUUUCAGAUCGACAAUUCGCUCUUUACGGACAUCUGCCAAUGCUGCUAUCACCCUAAGUCCCCUACAAGUGCCCGCCAUACAGAGACUGUUACAAUAAUUAAAAACGCACAAGGAUUUGAAUGACCAGUAAAUGGCCCCUAGGGACGAUUCUGAGAUUGCCCCAAAAGGGCCAGGGAAGGACUGUAGUACUGGAUUAUAAUUCAUCAACUUUAAGUUUAUUCAGGAAGAGACACUGUAAAACAAUUAAACCUCAGGUGGUGUUGUUAACCCGAUAAACUAAGUUUAUUUAUGAAAAGACACUGUAAAACAAUUAAACCUCAGGGGGUGUUGUUAACCCAAAUUGGACCCGUAGAUGAAAGAGGUCUUCAUAUAUAUAACUCUUUGAUGUCUUCAUCUAUUCAUCACAAAGGUUUUUGAACUGUUAGCCUUUUGGCUCACAUCACUGAGUAUCUGCUGAAAUGUAAUGUAUACAUAUUAUGGGGUUCUAAGAUUGUGUUUUACAUACAUAUUCAUGUGUAAUAUUAUUUUAAAGGUCAUGGUGCGAUGAGUAAAAAGGUCUAAUUUCUAUAUAUCUAAAAUAAGAUGGUUCAAGGGUUUAGAUAGAGGAUGCAUUUCUUUGAGAGGUGGGGGUUUUGCCAGGACACCUCUGGCUAUUUUGACCAGAUGUUCUUUAGGAUCA